UCCUUCGUUAUACAACAACAGGUUUAUCGACACGCAUACAGCGUACAGACCUGCACUGUAACAAACGCAUCUUUGGUGCAUUUAUCAUUGCUCUAUUUGCUUGUAUAUCCACACCUUGCUCUGCUUCAGGAACUGGAGCGGCCGAGGCUGUAGUUAGCAAUUUCGACAAUGAUCCACAAGCCAUAUCCUUUAUAAACCUCCUUUUCGUUGGUUUCAUAAUCUCGCAACUGAAUUUUCAGUCGCUAUUUACUGUCGACAGUCGAGGCCAUAGCUAUAUAUCGAAGGACCUAGAUCCUAAAGGUCUUCGUUAUGUCUUCCAAGGACUCCAGCACCGGGAAGGCGAAAGCCUCUGAAGGAGCCUCUCAAGCUCAAGAACAAGAGUCAGGUCCUUCACAGACACCAGUUGGCUCCAGCACCCUUACCGGCACAGAGGCUGGGCAUCCUCUGCAUCGGUCCCAGUCGAUCACAAAGGAAUCCGAAGAUUUGCUUAGCUCAAGCGUCAAGUCUACUGAUACAGUACGCCGCAGACCCGAAGCCGGCACCAGCGGAUAUGGAUCCAUAUCGGGACCCUCGAACCCUAAUCCCUCGCAAGGAUCUGAACGACCAACCCCGCGAAAGAUUGACUCGGCGCGCUCUAUACAAUCUGCACAGUCUCCAGUCCUAGGCCCAGAACGUGGAAGAUAUCAACGAGGCCAGAAACCCGCAAUGACACGUCGAGUCUCAUCCACUCCACAAGGCCCGCAUCGCGGCCAGGAAUUUUCGGUCGACGAUGAUGCAAAUGAGAUCGAAGGGGACAAAGCACUUCGACAUGGGGGUAUAGGAGGGUCCGUAUCUGGGUUUGGGACAACCAAAUCAUCGCUCAGAAGGCGUCCCACUGCUACAGGGGCUGUUCCUCGAGAAGACUCGAACCGCGAGGAGGAUCUACGCGCAACAGGAUCAGGUUUUACUGGCCGUAGCGAUGGAAUUGCGGAGGAGGGUUCUGCCUCUGACGAGAGCCAAGAGACGAUACGCAAAAACGACAAUAUGGAUCCGGAUACGACCAACCUCGACGGCGACGACGACAAUGAUGAUGACGAGGAUGGUGACAUUAGCGACACCGAGAGCUUUACUUUGAAGGACAGACAGGAAGCCAUCAACGAGACUCAUCCCUUUGGUAUUCGUAUAUGGAAGCCUGCGCUCUACAAAAAGGAUAGAUCGGUUCAAAAAAUAGCAGAGGGAGACAUACAUUCUGCUCCUGGGGGGCUGGUAAGUAGGUGGCUUCUACUUUUUAACAUCGCCUGGACUAUAUUGUUUGGAUGGUGGCUAGCGCUUGCUGCACUAGCUGGUGCACUUGUGUGUUUUGUAUUUGGCGCCGCGCCGGGUGCACUUGAGUAUGGAAGAGUCCUUUGGGGGCUAUCGGGCUACAUAUUCUACCCAUUUGGCAAGUUCGUACGACUGGAGCAAGACGAAGCAUACGCAAACGAGGAUGAGGGAGAAGGCAGAAGUGUCACGGAAUACGAACGAUGGCAAUCCGGCGACCUUGAGGAUGGGAGACUAUUCUUUGGGCCUGAUGGCGGGAAUAGGUCAAUAGUCGGACGCAGGCGAGGAAGUUUGGACUCUGUGGCUACCGAGACGGAUAGUCUCCUUGGCAGAACGAGACGUGGAGGUGAUAGAGACUCUUCCGUCCCUCGAAUGAAGAGGAGACUGUUUGGUCGAGGCCAGUGGAAUCUUGGACGCGUAAUCUUUUUCAUCUUCUUUUACGGAUUGAUUACGCCGCUGCUCUUUAUUGUCUCUGGAAUCUGCUGGAUCAUGGUCUUUUCGAUUCCGAUGGGCAAAGUAACUCUACUUCUGAUCUAUCACCUUCGCCGCCAUCCAUUGGCACUCUCGUUUCAAUCAGACACUUCAUACUCACGAGGUGGACCCAACUCAUCCAUACUCCUGUGCACGUACCGUGCUGUGGGCCUCAAGUAUUGGAAGUAUACUGUUGACGGUACCAACAUAUUCUUCAUCAACCUCAUGGCAGUCGUCAUGUUCGUCAUACUCGACUACUGGGUGUUGCGCGAAAUGAUGGAGCUUGACUUGGCAAUCACCCAGCCAGCCUUCCUUUUUGUGGGUGCACUUCUGUCUAUCAUCCCACUUGCAUACUUCAUUGGACAAGCCGUCGCGUCCAUUUCCGCGCAAUCCUCCAUGGGACUGGGAGCGGCAAUCAAUGCCUUCUUCUCUACGCUGGUCGAGGUUUACUUGUACUGCGUUGCUUUAAACCAAGGCAAGGGGCAACUUGUCGAGGGAAGCAUUAUCGGCAGUAUAUUUGCUGGAAUUCUGUUCCUUCCCGGGCUAUCGAUGUGCUUUGGGGCCAUAAAGCGGAAGACACAGAGGUUCAAUGCUAAGUCCGCUGGUGUUACGUCUACAAUGCUACUGUUUGCAGUCAUUGCUGCUUUCGGUCCCACCCUGUUCUACCAGAUAUACGGCACUCAUGAACUCUCUUGUCUGUCAUGCAUCGACACCGAGAGUGAGGGUCCAAGCCGCGACUGUCGCCGCUGCUACUUCUCUCAAACCCCAUCCUUCGACGACAGGUUCUACAUUGAGGCGGUGCGGCCUUACUGUUGGUUUGCCGCCACACUUUUAUUUCUAUCAUAUAUCAUCGGGCUAUGGUUUACUCUCCGGACACAUGCUGCAGUCAUCUGGAACAUUGAGGUCGACGAGAAGAAAAUCCACGCCCAAGACGCAAGCCACCUUUUAGCUACACAGCAGGCCGCCGACAGGGCUCUACGUAGCCACCAGCUGAACAUUAGCCCGGAUACUGCCCGCACUGCUGAGAUCCGUGAUUCUCCAAUGUACAAGAAAUUCGUUGGCCAGCCAUUAAAACAAGGGGCAACGCCAGCUGAUUCACCAGGGACAAGUCACAACGGCCCUGUCACCACACCUCACAUGGUACCACCUAGAGCCAGUCUCGACAAUGCCUCCAGCCCACUUACGGAGGGCGCAACAGAUCCAACCGUGGAUACUGCCCAACAUACGGACGGUGGCAAGAAGGUCGCGUCUCACAAGGCAUCACCUCUCCCAGCUAUGGAUGUAGAGGUGGCCGCCGUUGACGUGGCUGUGACUGGUGCCCACGAUGCGCCCAACUGGAGUAGAACGAAGAGUUCCGUCAUAUUAAUGAGCGCUACGAUCUUAUACGCCCUUAUUGCUGAAAUACUUGUCGAUACUGUCGAUGUUGUAUUGCAAGGAUUCGCUGUUGACGAGAAAUUCCUUGGCAUAACGCUCUUCGCACUUGUUCCCAACACUACCGAGUUCCUUAACGCAAUAUCCUUCGCCAUGAAUGGAAAUAUUGCACUUUCCAUGGAGAUUGGUUCUGCAUAUGCGCUUCAAGUGUGCCUUUUACAGAUCCCCGCACUCGUUCUAUUCAGUGCGGUUACCGCUGCAUAUGUGGAAGGAGGUGAUGCUGUUGAGAAGACCUUUAACCUCAUAUUCCCUCAGUGGGAUAUGGUUACAGUCAUCUUGUGCGUCUUUCUGUUGAGUUACAUGUACGGAGAAGGCAAAAGCAAUUACUUCAAGGGGUCGAUUCUAAUCCUCAGCUACUUUGUUGUCAUUGUCGGCUUCUGGUUCUCCAGUAUGGCCGAUACGGACUCCAUGGGUAUGAGCAGAUUCGAUGUUAUUAGGGACGGCGCUGUAUUCGCGACGGUGGGAAGGGGGAAAUCGGGUGUGGCGUUUCAGCGACACGCAUAAUUGGACGAAAUGUCCCUCAUUCAUUUUUGUAGCAAAGAUUUUUGUGUGGUUUAGGCUGGAGUUGGGAAGCGUUGCAUGUCCAGUACACAGAUGGAUCCUCUUGGGACUGAUUAAUAAUUUGAUUUUGUAAAUUAUUCAUUUACCGUUGCAGCUCAUGCAAGUAUCCAACCAAUUUCUAUCAUCCCGU